AUGGUCUAUGGUAAGAAAAACACCAACAAAAAAAAGAAACCCCUCCCUCUGAAGUUGGUCCAGAACUGUGUGAAGAUAACAUUGGAUGGGAAAAGUAGGCUGGAUCUCAGCUUGAAAGGCAUACUUACAGUUCCAAAGAGCAUUCAGAAACUUUCUGACUUGGAUGAAGUGGACUUGAGCCGGAACCUGAUCAGAAUGAUUCCGGAUUUCAUUGAAGAUUUCAUCAAAAUCACUGUGUUGGAUCUGCACAGCAACUAUUUGGAGGAGCUUCCUCACACUAUUGGGGGUCUCCAGGCCCUGGAGGUUUUAAACCUGUGUAAUAACCGUCUGGAAAGCCUCCCUGAUGAGCUGGGCCUGCUGAAGAACCUCCACAGCCUGAACCUGGGACUCAACCUGCUCAAAACACUGCCCGCCUCCAUUGGUGCCCUGAAGGAGCUUCGGUUCCUUGGUCUUUCUGACAACGGAUUCACAAGUGUUCCCAGCUGCCUUGGCAGACUCCUCAAACUGGAGAGGGUCAACCUGGAUGGGAACCCUGUCAUGACCCAGCAAAUACACAGACAGACAACAGUCAGGACCACAGACACUUUUCAUCUGGUCAGAGAAAACGACCUGUGUGAGGAAUGUUUGCUCAAGUACCAAACUGAGAUGAAGAAGAUUCAAACUGUAGAGGAGCUUGAAAUCUAA